CCAUCUCAGUAUCUGAAUCUAUUCUUUCUACCAUCAGCUGUUGUGUAUUAACAAUCUCGCUAAAUUUUGUAAAUAUCUCAUUGAUAUCGGCAAGGGCUUCUUUGAUGUUCUCUAAGUUUUCAGAUCUGUUCUCUAUCAUUUCAAUUUGACUAAAUUUUUGGUUUCCUUCUCCUCCAUGUCCAGUAACUAGACCUUCUUCCUCAAUAUCACCACUAUCAUCAAAAAUUCUAUUUCUUUUGGAAUGAUUAAAGUCCUUAAAACUAGUAACUCUCCUGUUUGAAAUCUUGUUUUUAUCUUCAAUAAAAUUGAACCUCUUCUUGGUGUUCUCUUGUUUUUCAAUAACCUUCGAUCUGAUGGUCAGGUAGUCUUUAAAUUCCUGACUCAGAGCAGCUAUUUUUAAAUUCAAGAUCUGUAGUAGACCGUCACAAUUCCUAUCAUCGUCCUUUGAAUGGUGAGAACUCUGUAGUCCAUCCUGGUAAGAUUUAUUUUAAGUCAUUUAUCUCAAAAUUAAUGCCUGUGAUCUCAUCCUUAAUUUGUAUAGUCAUCUUAUGUGAUGCAUCAAAGAUAGAACUAGACUCUCCGUUAGCCCCUUGAGCUCGAACUAAAUGCCUUAACAAAUUAUUGGUGUCAUUGAUCUUCUUAAUCACUGAAAUUCCUUCUGUGAUAUAGGAGCUUUUAUAACUGGCAUGGUUCCUCUCUCCAAUCCUGAUUUCGAGGUAAUUGCCUCUUCUGUGACCGAAUUUGGAUGUCAUUUUGAAGAAUUCUGC